AAGCAGCGAAGCUCCCGUAAAAUCAUAAAGCACUUCGAUUAGGAAGGAUGGCUCGGCUUGUGGAUGUUGAAGAGAUAUACAGCUGGGACAAAAGAUAAUUUCCUGGAUUUUCCCCACGACUUUCGUUACAGUUUUGUUUCAGUUUCGGUGAAAAACUCUUUUGAGGAUGUGAAUAAUUUCAACAACAGCAUUUAAAUGUAGAAAAAAAGGGGGGGGGGGGGAAGGAAAGGAAACCAACAGUGGCAGAGAGUGGACUUCCUGCAAGGAGGGCUGUGGUGUGGACCCAUCCGAGUUUAGGACGGCGAUUAACAACCGCUGGACCGGAAUUAAUUAAAUGUCUUGACUCGGUGACUCUCAUCCGGAAACAGGGCGCGAGAGGCGUCGGGAUUCCCUUUGUCCCCACGUGCGGAUGAGCUGCGAACAGGACACGAGGUUUUCAUGUGAAGCUUCUGCGGUUGGACUGCAGGGGGAGUUACUCGAGGAAAGAUGAGGAAAAGCAGGAGUGUUCUUACAGUGUCUCCCAACAAUGACAGCAGAGAGCCUCGGGACUGCUGCCUCAGUGAGUCUUUCACUUCUCCCUCCUGUACGCUCGGCGUUGACCUGCGUCGGGGCCGACGUCGAUUCUCUGGCAACCUGCAGCUGCCCCCCUUGUCUUGGCGUCAGGGGGAUAGAUCGAGAACACCAGACGAAGAGAUCAUGACGAGGCCGACGUCUCUGCCGUUUGGGGUCCCUCCCAGAAUAGAUAUCACACCUGUGGACCCAGAAUGUUUUGAUGUGGAGAAUGGCCCAUCAGCUAGCUGCAGCCCACUGGACCCCCAGGCGUCCCCUGGCUCGGGUCUGGUGCUCCACACCAACUUCCCGGGACAUAACCAGCGCCGGGAGUCCUUCCUGUAUCGCUCUGACAGCGACUAUGAGCUUUCCCCCAAGUCCAUGUCACGAAACUCCUCUAUCGCCUCUGAACUACAUGGCGAUGACCUGAUUGUAACUCCAUUUGCUCAGGUUUUGGCAAGCCUUCGAAGUGUGAGGAAUAACUUCACUGUUCUGACAAAUGUCCAGUGUGCCUCCAGCAAGAGGUCUCCAGCAGCAACAACUCAGCCUCCAAUCACCAGAGUCUGUCUGCCUGAUGAGGCGUACCAGAAGCUGGCCAUGGAGACAAUGGAGGAGUUGGACUGGUGUCUUGACCAGCUGGAGACCAUCCAGACGUACCGGUCAGUCAGCGACAUGGCCUCCAAUAAGUUUAAGAGAAUGUUGAAUCGGGAGCUGACGCACCUAUCCGAGAUGAGUCGGUCUGGGAAUCAGGUUUCCGAAUUCAUCUCCAACACCUUCCUAGAUAAACAGAAUGAGGUGGAGAUCCCUUCGCCGACAUCCAAAACGCGAGAGAAGAAGAAACAGCAGAAACAGCAGCUGAUGACGCAGAUCAGCGGGGUUAAGAAGGUUUCCCACGGAUCGUCGCUCUCCAACAGCAGCAUAUCGCGUUUUGGCGUCAAGACCGACAAAGAGGAGCAGCUGUCCAAGGAGCUGGAGGACCUGAACAAAUGGGGUCUAAACAUCUUCACUGUUUCAGAAUACUCCAACAGCCGACCUCUGACCUGCAUCAUGUACGCCAUAUUCCAAGAGCGAGAUCUGCUAAAGACAUUCAAGAUUCCAGCUGAUACGUUUGUGGCCUACAUGAUGACACUAGAGGAUCAUUAUCAUGCAGAUGUGGCUUACCAUAACAGUUUGCACGCUGCUGACGUAGCCCAGUCAACGCACAUCCUGCUCUCUACUCCCGCCCUGGAUGCGGUCUUCACAGAUCUUGAGAUCCUAGCGGCCAUCUUUGCUGCAGCAAUUCAUGAUGUCGAUCAUCCUGGAGUAUCAAACCAAUUCCUAAUCAAUACCAACUCUGAGCUGGCCCUGAUGUACAACGAUGAGUCUGUGCUGGAGAACCAUCAUUUGGCUGUGGGCUUCAAGCUGCUGCAGGAAGACAACUGUGACAUCUUCCAGAACCUCACAAAGAAGCAGAGACAGUCCCUCCGCAAAAUGGUCAUUGACAUGGUUUUGGCUACUGACAUGUCCAAACACAUGAGUCUGUUGGCUGAUCUGAAGACUAUGGUUGAAACCAAGAAAGUGACCAGCUCUGGAGUGCUGCUGCUAGACAAUUACACGGACAGGAUACAGGUGCUGCGAAACAUGGUACACUGUGCCGAUCUGAGCAACCCCACAAAGUCGUUGGAGCUCUACCGUCAGUGGACUGACCGGAUAAUGGAGGAGUUCUUCCACCAGGGAGACAGAGAGAGGGAGAGAGGGAUGGAGAUCAGCCCCAUGUGUGAUAAGCACACAGCCUCCGUGGAGAAGAGCCAGGUGGGUUUUAUUGACUACAUCGUGCACCCCCUGUGGGAGACCUGGGCCGAUUUGGUUCACCCUGACGCUCAGGACAUUCUGGACACCUUAGAGGACAACAGAAACUGGUACCAGAGCAUGAUUCCCCAAAGUCCCUCACCGCCCUUUUACGACCAGGGCACACAUGGACACAGUGGAGGCACAGGAGGACAAGGAGGAGGGGAGAAAUUUCAAUUUGACUUGACAUUGGAGGAGGAAGACAUGGACGGGAUGGAAAAAGACUGUGAUGGGGAGGAUGAGGAAGGAGAAGAGGAAGAAAUAGAGGUGGAGGAUAGUCUCGCAAAUUCGCGCUCGCCUCCUCCAGACUAUUUGGACAGUCAGGCAGAGGAAGAAGAUGGCAUGAUUGAGCCAAUGACGGCAAUAGAGAUUGUGACGCAUGAAGCCUCACCCACAGACACAUAGGGCUUCCAGCAACAGGCUCUCAUGGUGGUUUGAAAGUUUUUUGAAAAGAGGGGGAAUACCCUCUUGCAGCUGUGCUUUUUAAUAA